AUGCCUCGAAAUCCGUCAACUCCGUUGUCCAAUGCUUCUAACCCCACGCCUGGAAGUAGUGGCACGACAACCCCACGAACACGCCGCGCUUGUGAUGCGUGCCGUCAAAGAAAGAUCAAAUGCGAUGGCGCUACUCCUCAAUGCGACUGGUGCCGACACCAUGGGGAUAUUUGUGCGUUCACCAGAACCCGUGGCUCGAGACGGAGGCGGACUCGGUCAAGCAAGCUCGAGGAAACCAAUCUCAUCGAGCGUAUGAACCGGAUAGAAUAUAUCCUCACAACCAAUCUCAGAGAGCGGCAUGAAUUUCUUGAAGAGAGCGGACGCGGCUCUCCGGGCGCAUUGCGUCCCGCUAAAUCUGAGUCAGCGGAUAGCAAAUCUUUAAGCCCGGAGGUCCCCAACCCUAGACAGAUAUAUAUGGCUUCCUACAAACUCGGCGAUGUCAACCUGUUCCAUGGGGUACCAUAUCUAUCUCGCAGUGGCCGAAGAUGGAUUGGCUUUCGAAAUGACGAAGAUGGUCUGGCGAAUAUCAAUGACAAGGUACCCGGCCCUCUUUGGCACAAUCAGCAUCAUCUGCCACGCUAUGAACAUCUCUCAGUUACCAAAAUCAGAGAUUUGCCUCCUCGUCAAGCUGUCCAAUCUUCUCUGGAAGCUUAUCAACGAUCAGAGUUUUCGAAUAUCUUGCCGGUGAUCGACCCCGUGCUAUUUUCGGCGACCAUUGAAGAAGCUUACGAGCAUGGCCCUUCUGAUUCUUAUGAGGCACUGCCGCAGAAAGCAUCCAUCUUCGCAUUCCUCGCUGUGGGGGGAUUGCUCGGCGAGUCGGAUGAGACCUUGUGCUCGCCUCAAGAUAUCGAAGGAUGUGAGAUUGCUUUUCAGCUGCUCUCUUCUGAUCUUAUGCGCGCAAAAGCUGGCAACGAGGUCGUAGAUGCUCUCAUGAUGAUAGCGGUCUAUCAAUUCUGCUGUGGAAAAAUUCAUACCACUGAUAUCAUCCUGUCACUCGCAUCUCGGUUUUUGUUCAUGCUGGGCGCACACCUAUACCCCGGUCCCGAGCUUGACGGUCUCCCCGUCGAAUCGCAAAGUCUAGAAGCUCGAACUGUCCUCCACCAACGCGACUUGUUCUGGAUCUGCUAUACCUUGGACCGGGAAAUAACCUUCCGCACGGGGCGAGCCCCCGUGAUUCAUGACACUUCCUGUGACCUCACGUUCCCGGCUUCCUAUCUGAAACAAAUAUCACCAGGAUACAACGGGCCGUGGCGGCUACCGGGUGAUCUGCGCCUGAGCACUAUCAAGUCCAAAGCAUAUGAGAAGCUCUAUUCACCACACUCUAGGCACAAAUCCGAUGCCGAACUACUCAAAGACAUUCGCGAGCUCGAUAGCUUAUUAGAAAGUUGGAGAUUGUCACACCCUGCCGAAUCCCGGCCCACGCUGUCAUUCUCGGACAAGAACAAUCCCGCGAGUCUUCCCAGCCUCCUGAUUCGAUUGGAAUACUAUCACUGCGUAACCACGAUACACCAAGCGAGCAGCCGCUGCAAGGAUUGGACCAAUGGUCACGAUCUCGACGGUGGCCUGAGUUCAAGCAUGGAACUGGCUUUGAAAAGUAGUCGCUGCCUGCUCUCCUGUUUACAUUCCGCGGUUGCCAUCUUACCGCCCAAUCUCUUCUGGGUAAUCCUGUUCUAUCCGCUGUCAGCGGAACUGAUCCUCGUCUGCCACAUCCUCCUUAACCCUUCCGGUAAAACGGCCCUUUCAGAUCUCACGCUCCUCAAACAAUGCUUGUCCUUUGUCAAGCAGCGGUUUCCAAAACCCUUGACAGCCUCUGGAGUCCAGGCACGGCAACAGACACGCAUCCACGAGGCAACGGAGGAGGUUGUACAGCUGGCCGAAACUGCAGUACGGCAGAGUCGGCAGCCGGAUUCUUGA